AUGCUGGAGAAGCGGGUCACUCCCUCCCGGAUAGAGCCAGGAAUGGAGGUGGAGGGUCGGAUCCUAGCCAGCGAGAGAAGUCCGGCCUCGCUUCCUUUUCGAGCUCUAGCCAAAGAGCACGAGUCAAUCCCUCAAGGGGGACAGCGGUUAAAGGACGAUAUUCCGGACCCACGGCCCUCCAAACCCCUACACUGGCUCACCCUGGACCUUGGCACUUUGGAGCGCGCUCCUGCGCAUCGACCCCUGCUACUGGGAGACCCAGCCAGGAGGUCACCCGUGCGGGCACCUCUUGCAGGAUCAAUCUCUUCGGUUGACAAAAGACGGGAAAACCAGGUGCGUUUUAACGCCAGGACCUCAAGAAGCCAAGGAUCAUUCACCCACUUUGUUCGCUUACCUCCCCAAUCAAGGGUCCACUUAGAAAAGUCCAGUGGCAAGGCACGCUUCAGAAUAGACCGCCAGCUUCAGCGGACCCACGGAAAGUUUCCACGCGUUGCUCGCGUCUUUGGCGCGCUGGCUUUCUCUAGGAAGCGCGUGUGCGUGCGCGCAGGUGGCCUGGCCGCUAGUUACUCGCACGCGUUUCUCCAAUCUCAAGCACCGGAUUCUAAUAGAUUUCAGGAGCAGGUCCAUUCAAUUAGAGAUGAUGGAGAAGAUUUAAAUCCAAGAGGCAGCUGCGACUCAGACCCUGCCGCAGCGCUCCCAGCCUGCGGGGAUCUCGCCACCGAACCCAGAAAGAAUGAAGGUCCUUUGCAGCCUGUUAAGGAAGAUGAGAGGAUCAGGAAGACCCAAGAUGCUUUCUGGCUUCAAUCACUGAUUACUGAUACAUUGCAUGGCAGAGGAUUUCAGGAAAUAAAAGAAUACUUUGAACAGAAAGAGAGCUACCUUCCUCAAAAAUAUAACCAUCUUCUAUUACACUAUCUUCACAGAUCAAUAAAUAAGGAACUGGAUAAAAAUGAAUUUCAGUAUGUUUCACUGUUGCUGAAAUGUAUUCAGCAAUUCUUCAAAGAAGACCUCGAGGAAGAUGAACCCUUGCUAAUUCAGCAGGGACUGAUCCUGAAGAUGGUUGCCUGGUUUGAGAGAACAAUGGGAUUUCUGACCACAGAAGGUCUAGCCUCAGAUGCUGCACUGACGGGUGUUCUAGAGGACUUCUUUGACACUGUGCUGAUUAUUUCCAGGAGUAGUAGUAAAGGGAAAAGCCAGAUGUUGGAUUCCUUCAUACACAGCUUAGGAUUCUUGGUGACAGAAAAGACUGUGAAGCUCUCAAUUCAACAGGAGGCUCUGAAGACUCUGAACUGCAUUUUGCAUGGUGUGUCUCGUGAAGAGAGAAAAAAUUUCCCUUUGUCGGAAGACGCGUGUCAUCUAAUGAGGAACCUCGCAAGGACAAUCUUGACUGUGGGUGAUUACGACCAGCAGGUCACUCUUUCCGAGGCGCUGUGUAGAAUGACAACCAGAACAACCAGGCGUGACCUUGUCCAUCAGUGGUUUGAUGAUGAGGUCCUUGCUGAAGCUUUCAAGGAAAUUAAGGAUCGAGAAUUUGAGACGGAUAGUCGACUCUUCCUCAAUUACCUCAACAACAGACUUGGUGAGCAAAGAAGGGUCUUUUCAUUUCCGUGUAUUGCUGCUUUUGCUGACGAGCAUGAGAUGAGAAAACCAGCAGAUGAAAAAUUAGAGAAAUUUUGGAUUGAUUUCAACCUAGGAAGUCAGAGGGUAACUUUUUAUAUACACAAUGCUGAGAGUGCUCUGUGGGACCCGGUAAGAAUUUUGAAGGAAGCAGUCAUUAACUUCAGUGUUAAAGACACCGAGACGAUAAAGAUUUUCAUGAUUUACCUGAAGAAGCCCAUGAUCAUCAGCAAGAAAGAGGUGAUGAAAAUAGAAAUCCACUUUGAUUUGCAGUUCAGCAUAUUACAGGCUGCUGUCCAAGCUUUGGGAGAAGACAAAGAGAUGUUACCCAAACGGACGAAAACAUCCUCGGAACUUUUCAGUAAGUUUGAGGAAGAAGAUGGCAAGAUUCCCAAUAGCGAAGAGAGAGCAACAGAGCCUGCUGAGGAAUCUGCCAACCCGUCUGAGCGCAUGAGUGCUGGAGAUGACCAUCACCUAAAGGACCAGUUGGAGCCUCCCUUUAAUUACAGGGAACACCUUUUCUCUGAGAGUUAUCAAGAUUCAAGUUCUUCUACCAGUGAACAAUCUUGGACCAGUAACCAAAAAAGGAAAUCCCUGAAACCAUAUCCUAAUAGAAGAAAGACUAGAGUCAGAAGCAGCUUAAGAGUCUUGCCACGUUUCCCUUUCAGUAGUGGCAGUGACCGUGAGAAAGAUCAGGAUAAACUUCUCACACCAGUAUGGGAAGAUACCUCCAGGCAAAAUGCCACACUAUCAAAAAUUUCUGAAACUAAACUCCAGGGUAGCCCUUCUUUUUUAACUCCUGAAAAUUCUACAGAGAAAACAGAACUUCCAAGUCCACACCCACAGGGUGAUCUCUCUGCCUCGGAGCACCCGGAGGUUGAAGAAAAUGCAUCUCAGGUUGUGAACCAAGAGUCAUUAAUGGAAAAUACUAGCUUCAAACAUAAGCUGCAGAACUUGGACGACAGAGGCGUACCAGAUGGGAGUUUUGCUCUGCCAAAACAAUCAAGAUUAGAAGACCGUGCUCAGGGAUCCUCCAGCUUGGCAGGUAUUUCUGCUCCAUCUCUGGAAUACGUGCCCGAGAAUUUGAACGAUUCUGCCAUCAUCACAGCCUUGGAAACCUUCACUGGAGAAAUGAAAAGAAAAUACGAGCUCAGGUACACUGAGAGUCCUCUUUCAGAAAAGGCAAAGAAAGCACCGAAUUGCCUAAUAAAACUUUUAAACCUGAUACACCUAUGCAAACUCAAUAAGCUACAGCACUUCCACAAUUCUGUUCUCCAAGAGUUGAACAAUCUUGAGAAGGAUAUUCAGGCUCUAAAACACCUUGAGACAGAUAUUUUGGAAUUUUGGGAGAAACAGUUUGAUGAUCUGAAGUCAUUCUGUGAUCUGCAAGUGCUGAGGCUUAAUCCCAUUCAGCUUUCAUAAGGAAAAUCAAAGGCCAGUUUUAUUAUUGCAUCCCACAGUCUAAACCACCUGAAGAAUAUAAAAAUUGGUUUGCUAUUGGCUCAAACCACGAAGCCAUACUGUAAAGCUCGGUGCUCAGUUUGCUCCACUCCAGACAGGAUCCCUGGGAACUCUCGACUUAGAAUAUGUUAGUAGUUUGCAAUUUUGUUACUGCUCAUUUGUUCACAGACAUUAACCUUUUGUAUUAAAAAUUGCUCAGAUAAUAGAAAGUUCAGGAUGUUCAACAAUUUCAAGAGAUGUUGCUUUUUCUUAUGAUUUUGAAAGUCAAAUUGAUUUUUAGUUGUAUAAUGUCUUCAAGUUUUGUGCAAAUCAGAACUUCAGCAUUUAUCUAAAUAUGUUUUGGUGUAUCUGUUUAAAGGAGGAAUUUAAUUUGAAAACAAUGAAAAUGACUCAGAUAACAA